GCAGGCAAUUUUUGUAAGCAUAAAAAGAACACGUCUCGUGCAUUAUGUUGAAUAAGGAAUCUUGUAAAAAAUUAAAAAAAAACUGUAACAAGUACGAUGUGAAUGUAUUGAUUCUUGUUAGUAAAUUCACGGCAUGUCGUGUGGUCCAUAUGCACACCUUAGUCUGUGUCAUUGAUGAAUGACGAUGAUGCUUCAUAGCUUGCACGGAGGCAAAGGUGCAGUACAAACGCAAUUCUACCUCCUCACUCAAUAUUAAAUUAUGCCUCAAAACAACUAAUAUUAAAACGGACUCAAAUUGAGGUUUUAUCGAACCAAUCAAUCAUAGAAGAAAUGUUCAUGUUUUCAACUAAUGUUUUCAAGUGGCCCCAAACUUUAAUUUUAAACAUGGUUGUAAUAAGGGAGAGGAGGGGGGUUGAUGUAGGUAUGCGGCAUUCACAGAAGGAGAAAGGGACAAGUGGAGGAGUCCAAAGGAACAAUGAACGCAAUGAUUACUAAAGCAUCCAAACGGACCAAUGCGUUCCCCAAAAUCAGCAGAACAUCCCCUUCUCUCUCUCUCUUGGGAGCAACACAGUUUAAUUUUAAUUAUAGUAAUUAAUUAAUAUUCAGAAAUUGUGAUAAUCAGUGUCCUUUCAACAUCCCUAUGCAUGCCCACAAUACCUAACGGGAAAAAAGUUAGAAAUUAUUUAUAAGGGCUCACAAACUGACAAUCCUAGAACUGGGAGUGUGCAAAAGAUAGCCCACUUUUCUCCUCCUUUUGCAGAUCACAACAACACAAUGAACAGAACAGUUUAACCUAUGGAGGGCCGGCUCCCCCUCCUGUGGUGAGAGGGGAAAGAGAUUUACACUGUUUCGAGCUGCUUUUGAGUCUCCCAAAAAAAUAUAGCUGCAGGGACUAAAGCUGGAAGAUUGAUGCUUUUGCUUGUUGUUUUAUAGUCAGCAAAGUUGGGGACCAUUUUAUUUUAUUGUCAUUUUCUAUGUUUUCUAACAUAGCUAAUUAACUUGGCUUCUUUAAGAAAGGCCAGAACUGUGUCAUAGACUCAUAGGUCUGAGGGUAGAUCAUAGAUGUAGAUCUGCUGGGAAAGUAAUACAGGGUAAAUUAUUGUGAUUUUCACUGAAUUAUUAUUAUCUAAGGCAUAUUUGCAUCAUUGUUGAAACUUGUAACGCAGAAAACUGCUAGGAGUUAGGGGCCUCAGGCCCGCUUGCAAAUUGCAAUGCAAGCUGCCUUGAAUUUGUACCCUUAACUUUUGUGGAUAAAAUAUUAAUGCUAAAUUUUCAAAUAUUUAAAAUUAUUUUACCGUGGCAUUUUAUUUUAUCCUUUUACAAAAAAAGUUACUUGCAACCUAAGGAAUUUCCAUGUGUCACUAGGUGUUGGAGCGAGCUUGCUUUUUUUUUCUCAUUCAAGAAAAAUUGAGUUCAUUUUGUAUUGUAGCAACAACAUUUAAAAAAAAAAACAGUCUUAAAAUAAUCAUUCCCCUUGAGUCUUGCGCUCAAGGAACUUUCUCUGCAUCUUCACUGUGGCAAUAAGUAGUUCGAGUUAGUAGGUAAAUAAAACAUUUGUACAACCAACGUUUAUCUUAAUUUUUAACCCAAAGCUUUAUUAUGGUCUUCCCAAGUCGGUUCUCAUAACACCUCUAGCUUGUGUUUGAGUCUUGGCACUAACAACAUCUUGAGUGAUUUUGGCAUGUCAGCCCCAAAUUUGGUUUGAGUUCUAUCAUUUUCUUAGCUGCCUUUGCCCCAAGAUUUUAUUUAAGUUUACACUGUACAGACUUCAACUUUGAAACUUCGGAGUUGAUUGUGACCACUGAUUAUCCUCGCCAAUGAAUCCACUGCUGAACAUCCAUGGGCUUCGUGCAAACAUAGUACGGAUUCUCCCCUUCUGUAUAUUAUUAAGUCCUAUCUUCAGAUAGCUUUUUGCUCAAAUAGUUACUUCAGUACGUAAAAACAGUGUCGAUUUUCCCUUCAACUCCCCUUUUCUCAUUUUAUCCUUUUUAGAAAUCAGAAUGAAAUGAGGUUCACAUUUUCUCUCUUUCACCGUAGUGGAGACUUUCAAUCACAACCACCCACAAUAGCUUUUAGUUUCAUUCAUUAGUUUAGGAGGUUCAUAGUCUUAGUUUAAGUAUCUCACAAACUCUACCAUUAUGUCCAACUCCAUUACUCAUCAAAACCAUUUUGAGAACCAAGAGCUUGAUGCUUAUGGCUCUUCCAUGAGGAACAACAAUGCAUUCCCUGAGUCAAUAGGAGCAUUUCCCAGCAUUCAAUCUAUUGGAGAGAGAAUAUCAAGAUCAGUGGACCUUGUGCAAGGAUUAGCUGAGGGCUCUGAGAUCAGCCACACAAGGCACUUGAUGGAUCUUCUUGGAGCAGCAAACGAGAGCAAUCACCACCAACUUCAAGGCCUUUCCCUUUCUUUAGGCUCUCACAUGCUUGUCCCUUCUGAUGAAUACAGGCACCAAAGAACCUUAAACCCGGGUCUCAUGAACCCCAAUUACUUCAUUCCUGGACAAGAGGCAAGGGAAGCCUGUAAUCCUGCAGUGGAGCAUCUAACCAGUGACUACUUUUUCACCAGCGGCAGUGGCACUUUUGCUUCAUCUUCUGCUCCUUUGAACCGUUCUCCUUCCACUUCUUAUGGUGCUGAGUCUUUUACUUCUGUCAUUGGCAACUCAAGAUACCUCAAACCGGUACAAUCCCUUCUUGAAGAUCUUGUUGAUGUUGGUGGAAACGUGGUUGAUAGAAUCAAUGAAAAGUAUGCUGAGAAGUUGUUUCAUGGGAGUAGGAGGACACUUUCCUCAGAGUUAAAAGCGGAGUUGAGGAAUAAUGAACCUUUAUUAUCUGACAAACAUGAACAUCAAAUCAAAAUUGCAAGGUUGAUUUCUUUGUUGGAUGAGGUUGAAAGUAGGUGUGAGAAAUACUACCAUCAAAUGGAGGAAGUGGUGGCAUCUUUUGAAAUGAUAGCGGGUCUUGGAGCUGCCAAGUGUUACACUGCUUUGGCACUCCAAGCCAUGUCAAGGCAUUUCUGCAGCUUGAGAGAUGCCAUAUUGUCACAAAUAAAUGCUGAGAAAAGGAAACUUUUUCAGGAUUUACCUAAAAUCAGUAGUGGCUUAUCUCAACUAAGCUUGUUUGAUAGGGACACUAGACAUAGUAGAGUGUCUCUCCAACAACUUGGGGUGAUCCAAAGCCAACGCCAGGUGUGGAGACCCAUCAGAGGAUUGCCUGAAACCUCUGUGGCAAUUCUUCGUUCUUGGCUCUUUGAGCACUUUCUCCAUCCUUAUCCUAAUGAUUCUGAAAAGUUAAUGCUGGCAUCUCAGACAGGUUUAACUAAAAACCAAGUCUCAAAUUGGUUCAUAAAUGCUCGGGUACGGCUAUGGAAACCAAUGAUAGAAGAAAUGUAUAAAGAAGAGUUUGGAGACUCUUCUGAAGACUCCAACACUGCUGCUAACUACAUGACAAGGGAAGAUACCACAGACUGUGUGGAGGAUUGAAUUAAAGCUACCGUGAAAAAAAGAAAAAGAAAAAAGUGCUUGAUAAAAAUGGGCCAAUAUAUGGA